AUGUCUUACCAGAAGCCAGAGAAGGGAGACUUUGAGGGCCCCAAGACCCACAAGAUCCGCAUCACCCUGACCUCCCGCAAGGUCCAGUCCCUCGAGAAGGUCUGCUCCGAGCUGAUCGAGCGCGCCAAGGGCAAGGACCUGCGCGUCAAGGGCCCCGUCCGCCUGCCCACCAAGACCCUCAAGAUCACCACCCGCAAGACCCCCUGCGGUGAGGGUUCCAAGACCUGGGACUGCUACGAGAUGCGCAUCCACAAGCGCCUCAUCGACCUCAACGCCCCCACCGAGAUCGUCAAGCAGAUCAUCGUCAACAUCGAGGCCGGUGUCGAGGUCGAGGUCACCAUUGCCGCUUAG